CUCCACAUGUUCCACUGCCUCUUCUCUUCUCGCUUGGGAACUCCAGUCUCACCUUGGCUUGCAAUGGACCCCAACUGCUCCUGCGCCGCUGGUGGCCCCUGUAAGUGCAAAAAGUGCAAGUGCACCUCCUGCAAGAAGAGCUGCUGCUCCUGUUGCCUCCUGGGCUGUGCCAAGUGUGCCCAGGGCUGCAUCUGCAAAGGGGCUUCGGAAAAGUGCAGCUGCUGUGCCUGA